AUGAUCGACUGGUUCUUAGGGCUCGACAUAGUGCGACUCACUCUGGCCGCCCUCCUCGCCAUCGUCCUCGUCCUAUACUGGUACACCCGUAUCCCGACCUCUAUGCCCAAAAACAUUCCCACGGUACCCAUCUACAUCUCCCUCCUCGGUCUCUGGAGCGACAUGGGCCAAGACAAAAUCUAUGACCGCUGGCUCCGGCAACCUCUCGAAAAAUACGGCGCCGUCAAGAUCUGGUUUGCGGGACGAUGGAACGUCCUCGCCACGCGGCCGCAGUUCCUGGUUGACAUGUUCCGCCACGAAGACGUGUACGCCAAAGCGGGGAGUCAGAAGAAGAUUCCGUGGAGUGUUAUUGCGGCGUUGGUAGGGGAAAAUAUCAUUAAUAGUCAUGGGGAGACUUGGAGGUUGUUUACGUCUAUUAUGAAGCCGGGGUUGCAGAGGAGGUUUACGGAUUCGGGACCUUUGUUGGAGAAGUCGAGGAAGUUUGUGGAUAUUCUAUUGGAGGAGCAAGAACGACCAGGUCAACGUCUUGAAGAACUCCAAACCAUCAUCAAAAAGACCCUCUUCAAACCCCUCUUCUUCAACUUCCCCGACCUCGAUCGAUACCCAUUCCUCUUCCGCCAACGCAAGGAAGCAUUCGCCAUCAUGCAAGAAUUCGGCGACCUCCUCUGCAAAACAGUCCGCCAACGCCCGAGCCACCAGGAACCCAAAACCCCCGACGGUGACCAACUAGUCGACUACCUAGACCGAGCCUUACAAGAAGGACGUAUCACGGACGAACAAUACCGCGCCAACAUCAAAGUAACCUAUCUCACAGCACACGAGAACGCCCAACAACUCCUCAACUCCACAUUCUGGGUUCUAGGCACGAAUCCGUCCGUGCAGCAGAAACUACGAGCCGAGAUCCUCGCAACACGACAAGAGAACCCCUCAACGGAUCUAGUCAACUCCCUACCCUACUUAUUCGCCGUCAUCCUCGAACUACUCCGCUUAUACCCACCGGUCUCCCAACUGAUCAACCGAGUCACGACCUCCGAAGCCGUGCUCGGCGGCGAAAUCACUAUCCCGAAUCAUACGUGGGUAGGAUGGAAUUCCUUCGGCGUGCACACGGAUCCGGAUAUAUGGGGAGCCGACGCGAGAGAAUUCCUACCCGAGCGAUGGGGACGGGACGUGAAGAGUAUCCAGAGUGCUAUGCGUAGUAAGACGACGCAGUGUCAUUUUAUUGCGUUCAAUGCGCAUUCGCGGAAGUGUCUUGGUCAGGGCUUUGCCGUGCUGCAGAUGAAGAUUUUGUUGUUUGAGAUGGUGAGGCGGAUGGAGUGGGUUGUUGAUCCGGGGUAUGAGUUGAAAUUGACUUCGGGUGGGAUUAUGGCUCCGUUGGGACUCCGAGCUAUCGUGAGGGAGAGGGAAGAAGGGGGCAUUGGAGAAGGGAGUAUGCUUGAAUGAGUAGUUUGUCUGAUUUUAUCGGAGAUGGUGGAAGGGCGCGGAGACCUGAGGAUAUGGUUUAUGGUAUUCGUGAAGUAGAACGCAAGAACGGGAAAGUAGUCAAAGGAUACAUAUAACCAAAUCAUCGUCUUAUCUGAAGUCGGAUAUCAUCCAUAUCAUCGCCGACACCGACACCCUUAGGCUCAUGGCAUUCUCAGUCUGCACGGGGGGUUCUUGCUCGAUGUCGCAGGUGAAUUGGACAGGAUGGCCGUGACCACACAUCAUUGGUCUUGAUGGUGCUAGAAAGGAUCGUUCCAAAGUUGACCAUGCGAACGCAGUUCAUCGACAGAGAUAUAUGUGAAGGAGAGCAGGAUGCAAAUGGAAUACUCCUAGCUCGGACAGUAGGGCCUCAAUGCGGCACUCUACUUGGGCAGUUAGUCACUACGGUACCGCCGAG